GUCAUGUGUCACGAGUCAGCUGACCUGAAGCAAAACCAAUCGGAUUUGGGCUCACAGGAAGACAAACCGACGCACGCGGCGAAGGGUUGAAGUUUACUUGUGUCCAGCCAAUAUACAUACAUGAAUACCGAGGUGUCGGUUCUGUACUUUGCAAAAAGUGCCGAAUUAACGGGACUUAAAGCAGAAAACAUAACGGUUCCGUCAAACAUAUCCUCUCUACGGCUGUGGCAGCAUUUGGAGACCAGACAUCCAAGACUCUCUGUGUUACGGGAUCAGGUGGUUCUGGCCGUGUGUCAGGAGUACGUGCCUCUGGGAGAUCAGCCCCUGACCCUCAGAGACGGGGACGAGGUGGCCGUUAUACCGCCCCUCAGUGGAGGCUAAAGACAUUAAUAAG